CACCGAUCAACAGAAAAAGCUGAAGAUGUUGGCUUGGUCAUGUGAUCAGCUGUGUCCAAUCACAGCUGAUCACAUUCCUCAGAGGGGACAUGUACACAGAUCAUCAGAGCACUGAUCAGUGUGCCCUGAUGAUCUGUGUAGACCCAGCAGUGCCACCUGUCAGUGUCCAUCAGUGCCAUCCAUCAGUUCCACAUCAAUGCCACAUAUCAGUGCCCAUCUGAGCUGCCUUUCAUUGUCACCCAUCAGUGCCAGUCAGUGCCACCUAUCAGUGCCGCCUAUAAGUGCCAGUCAGGCGGCACUGAUAGGCGGCACUAACAGUGCCAGUCAGUGCCGCCUAUCAGUGCCCAUCAGUGAUGCCCUCAAUGCCCAUCAGUGCCACCUACCAGUGCCUCCUCAUCAG